CGACCGUCAGUGAAGGUCGGAAACCCGGCGACUCGUGCACCCAAAAUAUCCUUUCGACUAGGAGAGAUUCGAUCCGAGUCUGCGAAUCUCCGAAUCGUGUAAAAUAGGCUUUCUAAAACUACGUCAUUCCUGAGAGGUGUCUUAUCGGAGAAAAAACAAGCGAACUCGGCAGCACCUGCCCGCUCGUCCCGCCACCUCCCCCCCCCCUCCCUACCACGACAGUAGAGUGAGAGAGAGAGAGAGAGAGAGAGAGAGCAAACGGACUUCCGGCGCGGCGCCAUUAGUCCAACUCUCCGGCGGCGGUCUCUCCUACGCGUUUGUCUCAGCAGCGAAGCCUCGCACGCGCCUUUUCACGUCCUUCAGCGUACACACCGAGUUCCUGCGAGACAUCGGACCUGCACGUCCGAUUCGAACACACGCCACUGAGGAAUAUCUGCGGCCCCCUGGCUGCUCUCACUCUUCACGACAUAGCACCUAGUGCGGAGUUUUUCGAUCGAUUCGAAAAUGAACAAUUUGAAGAUGGUGUCACCCAGUUCACCGAGGAAGACAAAGAUCUUCGUCGGUAGGCUACCGGAAAACUGCCGGAGCGAAGAGCUGCGCAACCUGUUCCUGCGUUUCGGCGAGGUGACCGAAUGCGAUGUAAUGAACCGCUACGGCUUCGUUCACAUGGCCCGCGAGGAGGACGCCGCCGAGGCAAUCAAGGCCCUGCACAACACAUCAUUCAAAGGCGCGACCAUCAACGUCGAGCAGUCCACCGGCAAGUCACGAGGACGUCGAGACGACAGACGCGGUGGCCCGAUGCGCGGCGGCAGAGGAGGACGAGAUGGAGGCCGCGAUACUCGUCCCGGUCCGUAUAACGACAGGAGAGUGCUCCCAAUACAUAACGUUGGCUAUGACGGAGCAGCCGCUGGUGGUGGCGGCUACACAGACUACAACCGCGGCGGCGGCGACUUCAGUGGCCGAGGAGACUUCAGCGGCGGCUACAAUGACCGAGGCGGAUACGGCCAGAACGUUGGUGGCGCAGCUAUGGGAUAUACAUCGACGGCGCCGAUGGGUGGUUAUGGGCCUGCGGGUGGCGCGGUUGGCGGCUACGGACCUACUGGAGCUGUUGACUACGGCAGGACCGAUUACGGCAGAACAGCCGAAUUCGGCGCGCGGACGGAUUACGGAAACCGGGGAGAAUUCCAAAUGUGCGACUACUCUGUGCCUGGAGGCGGCAUGGGUGGUGAUUUCAAUAGAGCAGCGCCUGGACCUGUUGACUAUGGUCGCACCGACAACUUCACAGCCGGCAGAGCUGACGCGUAUGGUGCGCCCCGCGCUGAAUACGACCGCACGGCCGCUGGACCUAUGAGGAAUGGAAGUGGUGGCGGUGUUGCUGCUGGCGGAUAUGGUACUGGAUAUGGCGAAGUUGGACCAAUCAGUGGGGCACCGAGCUACAGUACUGGUGGACCUAGCUACAACACUGGUCCUGGACCACAAGCAGACAUGUUCAGCCGAAGAGCUGGAGGAACUGUUCCCAGUGGUGGAUAUCAAGUUGGAGGAUACACAGAAGGCUAUGAGAGAGCAGACCCAUACGGCCCUCCGCGCGGAGGAAACCGCUUCCCAGGCCCGGCAGACGCGAUGCCACCAAGGUACUAAUUAAUCGAUAGUACCUACGAAUCAAAGCGAAUAAUAACACGCACGCAAAAUGGCAAAUAAAAAGUUUCAUUGCCAAUGAAAAUACAGCGGUUAGAGUGCGCGAACUUACGUCUACACAAACAACGCCCCUCUCGAACUCAGCCCACUUACCGAAACAUGCAGUUUCUUAUAAAUGUGUAUACAUAUAAUUAUAUUCCUAGAUUAUAAUACUUGAAUGAAAAGAAACAAAACAAAAAGAAAACAGAAGCUGAUUGAUCGAGUUCGAGCUAGAUCAAGGUUAAGUGUGGAUUUACAAAAAAUAGAUAAAUACGAUUUGAAUAAAUACACGAAAUGAUGGUUGCAAACGUUGUAAAGAGAAUUCGAGAGUCUGCGCGGAUGCGAGAUCUGGACGAGCACGGGAGCCAUUCGACUACUAAGAAUUGUAACAAAUUUAACAUUUUUAUACUGUUGAUUUUGUCUAAAGUAAAGAAUACUUGACACACAAAAAUACAUAAAUAUUGUAUACAUUUAAAAAAAAGAAAGCAUAUAUGAGCAUUCAUUUCGGAGAUCGUAACGGGAUGGUCCAACAAAUGUAAAAGACAAGAGUUGAUCUUGCCGUAUUAGGGAUACACGAAUCUUGAACAGUUAGGCUGUAAAACUAAAACAAGAAAAAAUUCAUUAAUUAUUCCUAGUUUAGUGUUAACUGAUAUAAUGGACACGCUAGUGAUUUAUUUAGAUUUUGCUGUAUAAUUUUCUUCUUUUCUUUUUUAUAUAUGUAAGAACCUGAAAAAGUGUUUUAAAUGAUAUUCAUCAAUAAAACGAGAGGAAAUGCUUAAUGCUGCUUUCAUUAAA